AUGUCCACACUUCUGUGGAGCGUCUACAAUCCAGACUUGAUGCAUAGGAACGGGAUGCCUCUGGCCAACCACAACCUGAAUGGCAUGUUCAACACACAUGGGGCAGCUCCUCCCAGUUCCAGCUUCUUACCUGGAUUCAUCCCACCACCGGCAGUCAGCAACGCACAAGCGCUCGCUCACCUGGCUACGAGAGCAGUCAGCCACACCGAAGGCUGUUCCUCCGGCUUCAUGAGAGGCGCCAGCAGCUACGGUAAUGGCCAGUUCGGGGCAACAGGCACGGCUCCCCAGCCGCCCUCAGGGGCCUUAGCCGUGCAACAGUUCCACCAGGAGAACGGCCAGCGAAGCCUGCAGCAGCCACGGCUGCCGCCACAGCCGCGGCCGCCGCCACCGCCGAGGCCGCUGCCACAGCCCCGGCUGCCGCCACCACCACAGCCGCGGAUGCCGCCACCGCCACAGCCGCGGAUGCCACCACCGCCACGGAUGCCGCCACAGCCGCGGAUGUACGGCAACAAGUGCCAGUUUGCGCAUGGUUCCCGCGAGCUGCGUACCCUGCUGAGGCACCCCAAGUACAAGACUGAGCCUUGCCGCACCUUCCACAGCGUUGGCAUCUGCCCCUACGGCACUCGUUGCCACUUCAUCCACAACCAGCAUGAUCAUCAAGCCUUGCUUUCUGGGAGCGCCUCCGAGGAGCAUGAUCAUCAAGCCUUGCUUUCUGGGAGCGCCUCCGAGGAGCCCGGCUCGGCCAAUGGCAUCGACACGGGCCCCUCGGGCUUCAACGUGGAGCCAAAGCAGAUGAUGCAGACGGCCAGCUCUGUCAGCUCUUCCAGCUUACCUUCGGGCCACAGCCACCCUCAACAGGCACCUCUGCUGCUCAACAACCCACUGUUGAGCUCAGGUAUGCUUCUGCCUCCUUCAUACCCUGUGGCUACUCUCCCCACGACUUACUGUGCCUCCAUGGCUGCCGCCUCUGCGGCUGUUUCGGCGGCUGCUUCUGCAGCUGCCGUGUUCUAUCAAAAUGGUGGCGGAGUCCCGUGCACUAACUGUGCCAACCAUACCGUUGUUAUCGGCCAGGCCAUGGGUGGCUACAUGGCGCCUGUGGCAUUCCAGACCCACAACUUCGCUGCCGCCAACGCCACCACCUUCUACCACAACCAGCAGCAGAACCUGGCAGUUCCUAUGCAAUUCCCGAUGCCUCUUGUCGGGCCUCCUGCCAGCAUCUUAACCCCGAACGCUGUUGCUCCCACGGCCAUGGCCGCCAUAGCUCCCGGGGCUGCCGCUGCCACUUUAGUCAACCCUGGCGCCGCCGCGGCUGCGGUUGUCCCUGCUGCUACUGCAGCUGCCGAUACCACCUCCUCUGCCUCUAUCCCUGCUGCCACCGCUGCCGAAGGUCCUGCACAGCACUUCAGCCUCCAACUGCCAGGCACCCAGUCCGAGUCGCCAGAUUUCGACAUGCUCACCAGCAGCCUGGAUUCCCUGUUGGGCACCAACAACCUCGACAACCUUCUGAGUUGCUCCUCGAGCUCCAGCAACCUCAAUGAUUCUGAAUCUCCCAGAAUCAAAUCCAGCCGCCGUCUGCCCAUCUUCAGCCGCCUCUCAGACCCAGACAAAUGA